ACCCGGAAUGAAAACCAACGGCGGCCGCUGCCGCAUCCGGGCACUCCGCAGGUCCUGGUGGCGCAGCGGUGGCGCAGGUAAGGAGACAGCGGCCGAGCUUCCCGCCCUGGACCGGGGUCUCAGCGCCGCCGCCCGGUGCCCCUCGUCCCCGGCGCGACCCCGACGCCAUCCCGCCCGCGGCGGGCGCUGGGCGUCCUGCGUGGAGGCCAGGCCGGGACCGGGGCUGCGGCUCGGGCGUCUGGACGCUCCCGCCGUUCGCGGGCCCUAGGAUGGCGCAAAAGAAGUAUCUCCAAGCAAAAUUGACCCAGUUUUUAAGGGAAGACAGAAUUCAACUUUGGAAACCUCCGUAUACAGAUGAAAACAAAGAAGUUGGUUUGGCAUUGAAGGACCUUGCUAAGAAGUACUCUGACAAGCUAGAAUGUUGUGAAAAUGAAGUAGAGAAGAUAAUAGAAGAAAUACGUUGCAAAGCAAUCGAGCGUGGCACAGGAAAUGAAAAUUAUAAGACAACAGGAAUUGCUACAAUUGAGGUAUUUUUACCUCCACGACUAAGAAAAGAUAGGAAGAACCUCUUAGAAACUCGAUUGCACAUCACCGGCAGAGAAUUGAGAGCUAAAAUAGCUGAAACCUUUGGAUUUCAAGAAAAUUAUAUCAAAAUUGUCAUAAAUAAGAAGCAACUUCAGCUAGGGAAAGCACUGGAAGAACAGGGAGUGACCCACAAUGUGAAAGCCAUGGUGCUGGAACUAAAGCAGUCUGAAGAGGACGCAAGGAAGAACUUCCAGGUCGAAGAAGAAGAGCAAAAUGAAGCCGAACUCAAAGAAAAGAGAAUUCAGAGGACAAAGAAAGGACUAGAGAUCCUGGCAGAGAGAGGUGAGAUGGUGGAUUCAGAAACCACACCAUACUUAGAGAUAGCUAACCAGACGGGCAGAUCAAUUAAAAUUCCUCCAUCAGAAAGAAAAGCCCUUACGUUAGCUAUGGGAUAUCAUGAGAAGGGCCGAGCUUUCCUGAAAAGAAAAGAAUACGGAAUCGCCUUGCCUUGUCUUCUGGACGCCGACAAAUAUUUCUGUGAGUGUUGCAGAGAGCUGCUGGACACGGUGGACAACUAUGCAGUGCUCCAGCUGGACAUAGUGUGGUGUUACUUCCGCUUGGAGCAACUGGAAUGCCUUGACGAUGCAGAAAAAAAAUUAAACUUGGCCCAGAAAUGCUUUAAAAAUUGCUAUGGAGAAAAUCAUCAGAGACUGGUCCACAUAAAAGGAAAUUGUGGAAAAGAGAAGGUGUUGUUUUUAAGACUUUACUUGCUUCAGGGUAUCCGAAAUUAUCACAGUGGAAAUGGUGAAGAGGCUUGUGAGUAUCUCAACAAGGCUCGUCAGCUCUUUAAAGAGCUAUAUAUUGAUCCAUCAAAAGUUCACAAUUUGUUGCAGUUGGGUUUUACUGCCCAGGAAGCCCGGCUUGGCCUCAGGGCCUGUGACGGGAACGUGGACCACGCAGCCAUCCACAUUACCAACCGCAGAGAGGAAUUGGCCCAAAUAAGAAGAGAGGAAAAAGAGAAGAGAAGACGCCGCCUGGAGAACAUCAACUCUUUGAAAGGAAUGGGCUACUCCAUUCACGCAGCCAAGCAGGCCCUCCAUCAGGCCAGCGGGAACCUGGAUGCGGCCCUGAAGAUUCUUCUCAGUAAUCCCCACAUGUGGUGGUUCAGUGAUUCUGAUCCCAACACCAACAACCAUCAAGAGAGCCCUUCCCAGGAAAACAUUGACCAACUGGUGUACAUGGGCUUUGACACAGUAGCAGCCGAAGCCGCCCUGAGAGUGUUCAAGGGAAACGUCCAGCUGGCAGCUCAGACCCUUGCUCACAACGGAGGCAGUCUUCCUCCUGACCUGCAGUUCCCGCUGGAAGAUUCUCCAUCAACGCCAACCACGUCCCUCUCUGAUUCUGCAGGAACCUCUGGUGUCUCCACAGAUGAAGAUAUGGAGACAGAGGCCAUCAAUGAAAUACUGGAAGAUCUUCCAGAACAUGAAGAGGAUUAUCUUGACUCAACUCUGGAAGACGAAGAAAUUAUUAUUGCAGAGUACUUAUCCUAUGUAGAAAAUAUAAAGUCAGCAACAAAGAAAAACUAAAUAAUGAACAGAAAGAAGCACUAAGUUUCUGCUUAUAAAUUCCAUCAUUACGAAAAGUGUAAUGCAGGUUUUCCCUUUUUUUCCUUCUUACUUUUCUCUAAUUUUGCUCCAGAGUGCUUCCUACUUGAGUGUAGGAGGGGCAGGCAGGGGACAGGGACGGGUAAAGUUAGUGGAGACUUGGGGAGGGGGCCGGGGUGUGGUCCCUCAGGGUGAUUUGGGGCAAGAGCUCCCUGCUGGGUUUCUUUCCUCCGAGAAAUGGGAAGGACUGGAGAAGAGGGCCUGGGGAAGGUUGCAGGUGAGAUCAUGGGGAGGGAGCGCUCCGAUCUGUCUCCUCACCUUGCCUGGCUCUCCUGCCCUGAGCCCACGGCUCCUCUUUCCGUUCUUCCCGUGAUGCAGCUCUGCCUUGCUGCUUCACACUCUGCCCCGUCCCUGAAGGUUCUUUAAAUCUCCAACCAUUCCAAGCGCUUUGGGGGCAUAAAAAUGGGCAUCAGCUUUAGCAGCCAAACCGAAUUAUGCCAGACGCUUCAGCCUGCAACGUCAGUGUUUUAUGCUCUUAGUUUAGUAAAAUAUGCUCUUGAAAUUCAGAAUUUAUAUGUGUUCAAAUUCUUUACAAAAAUAAAAUUUAUUAAAUAGGAAAGUCUUAAA